AUGUCACGCUGCGUGUGGUAUUCGUUGCGUUCACCGCGCGGCGGACGAUACGGUGCUUCGUUGCUGUAUUGCUUUCCCCAGUUUGCCGCACGAGUUUGUGCGUUUUCUUCUAAGGAUGCUGGGGACGAUCCACCACCAACCAAUCCGCCGGAUAGCGGGCCGGGCACAAAGAGUGGUUCACCUGCCAACGCUAGUUCGAAGAAGUUCGUCCGUAAUGCUACGAUAUUGGUGCAGCAGGGUUGCGACAUCCAGGAGCUACCGGUGGUCGUGCGCAAGAUUGCCGAGGAUGAGUUUGUGUCGUUCGUAUCCGACAAAAUAAUAACUGCACCGCCAUCCAUCAAUGCGGAGGAAGGACCGAAAGCAAAUAAGUUACAAGCCUCCCUGGAGUCCGAAAUGGAAACGAUAAAAAGCAUCGAAGGGUGCCACUCAACCAAAGGCGUACUAACAGUGCUGCAGGAGCGAACAAAUGGAGAUACUGGCGUCACGCCAUACAGCCCUGGCGUUGCCAUUCACGCCCUGGAGAAGAUACUCAAGGUGGAAAGUUUGCUGGAACUGAAGGAGCUAGAAGAAACAGAAGCAUUCGAGCGGAUCGUUAACUGUAUCGUGUUUCACUCGGACUCUAAAUCCAUUCUUGAUCUUUUAGAUGAACUGCGAAGCUAUCUGGAGCUGCCGCGCACGAUCGACAUGCUCGGUAACGAGCUGGUGUACCGCUGUUCGGAAAAUGCACUCUCAAUCGAGGAAUGUUGCGAUGCGAUCGAAGUGCUAACGCAAUGCCGUCGGCCGGAGAUGGUGGAAAAGUUCUGGAGCGGUAUUGCCGAUCAGGAGAAGUGCAUCACCGAACGGAACGUGCACUUUGUGUUCUCCAUCCUGCCGUAUCUUAAAGUAAGCCGACGAGCAGUGUUGACGGUGCUGGAACGGCGCAUCCCACAGCUCUGGUGGCAAAUGUCCCCAACGGCGACGAUUGAGGUGCUGCAGUCGCUUGUGACCUGCAAACUGUCACCGUUCCGUGUCACGCAAACGUUAGCGCGCUGGUUAAACACAAACAUACACGCGGUGGCAGAAGAUGAACUGGGUGCAAUACUGGAGGCGUUCACAAAUCUCGCCUACUCGGAUGCCCAAAUCGAACGUGCCAUCGAGCGAUACGUGAAGGCGAAAGGAGUGAAAGUGAGCUCACAAAAUCUCAUCGUCACGAUACUGCGCCACUGUGAAGAGUUUCGGCUCCGCAACGCACACAUACUGAAUGGGUGCAGUGAGUUCUUCAUAGCCAACUUUGGUCAGCUAGAACCGAGCUAUCUGAAGGCACUGUUCUGCCCCUUCGGCUAUCUGGACUUUGUGCCGACGAAUGCGAUCAAGUUUUUCGACACGGUGAACAUGUUUGUGGAUCUCCAUUUCGCGAAGAUUCGUCCGACGGAUACGAUCGACAUUAUGUUCGCGUACAUUUGUUUGGAGCGCUUUCCACUUAAUUUUGUUAACAGAAUUUUUAAUCCUUACUUUCUGGAUGUGCUUCACGCGAAAACUCGCCCCGAACGGUUGGAUACAGUGCGUGGGAAGCUGAAAGUGUUCGAUACCGGGCUAACGCUUGAGUGUGCCGAUUACGAUGGACCGCUACUGCCGCGGGAUCACUCGGCUAAGGCCGUUUUUCACGAUGGUCGUAUUAAACGCAUCAUCAAUUACAUCACGACCGAGCUGGAGGAACUGGCCGGUGGACCGGAGUGUAUGACCAAGUUCUCCAUCUUGCAACAUCUACCCGUAAACUCGCUGUAUCUAGUGGAUGUUAUAUUCCAUCCGGCCGGGUUGGGGAACAUUUUCACGCUGGACACUAUGAAGGAGCGUAACAUUAAUGUGGCGGUUCUGGUCCAUCUUCCAGAAUACUUCGACAGUACCGGAAAGUAUUUAGUUGGUCCGCAGGUGAUGCGAAUACGGCACCUGCGAAGGCUCGGCCUGAAGGUGGCCACGCUACGAUUCGACGUGCUGUACAAGCUGAAAAUCCAUCCACAGGAGCUGCAGGAUUAUUUGGUAGAGCGAAUGAAGGCGGCGUUGGAUGCGUUACCACCAGCCGGGUCGACGGCAGCCGUACCAGUCCAAGGAUCACCAUGA